UUUCUGUCAGUUGAGCGGUUGACGUUGCUCUCUGAGGCAGCAGCACGUUUAACGGCUUUUAACUCAAGACGUGGCAGAUUUUUGGCACAUUUUUCAUCUUUUUUCAACUUAAAACUGAUAAAGAACUACUUCUUCGCGCACUUUUCUGCCGUGGAAUGAGCCGCGCUCUGUUUAUUUAUCUCUCUCGCUGUAGCGGACUAGCACAGCCGGCUAGCUAAACAGGCUAACGAGACUAGCCGGUCACUGUAUUUGGCUUAAUAUUCUUUCCGUUCGUGGAAAAAAGAAAAGUUUCCACAGGAAAAAUGAAAGCGGGAUUAUCUCAGCUGCUGUUGGACCUGCAGGACCCGCAUCUCGUGGCCCGUUUCCAGCAGUUCUGCGGGGUUAGCGGGACGUUCACGAGGAGCGAAGCCGAGGUGAACGGCGGGAGCGGCGUGGAGAGAGCUGGCUGUGUCCGGCAGAGAGCAGCCCUCUCGAGCGGAGAGGAGAAGAAGGAGGCGAAAGGGGACCGCUGUAACAACAACGGCGUGGCCAACGGGACGCCGGCGCUGUCCGCCGCCUCCGCCGCCGCCGGGGAAACCGUGACCACCGUGAAGCCGCUGCGCAGGAACUCUUUGACCGGCGACGUAGGCCACGAGUUCCACAUCGGCAACCGGCUCCUGUACUACCUUUUCACCUGCGGCACCGAGCUGGGCAACGAGCUCUUCUACAUCAGCUUCUUCCCCUUCCUCGUGUGGAACGUGGACGCGCUGGUGGCGCGCCGCCUCAUCGUGGUCUGGGUCUGGGUCAUGUACCUGGGCCAGUGCACCAAGGACGUGAUCCGCUGGCCGCGGCCAGCCUCGCCGCCGGUGGUCAAAGUGGAGGUUUUCUACAACUCGGAGUACAGCAUGCCGUCCACGCACGCCAUGUCCGGGACCGCCGUGCCUCUGGCGCUGCUUCUGCUCACCCACGACCGCUGGGAGUAUCCGUUCCUGCUUGGAGUCGCUCUUGCUCUCAGCUGGUGUGUACUGGUGUGUGUGAGCCGAAUCUACAUGGGCAUGCAUUCUGUCCUGGACGUCAUUGCCGGUUUCCUCUACAGCUUGCUAAUCCUGGUGGUUUUCAGUCCUGCCCUGGAUGUGAUCGACACGUUUAACCUGUCCUGUCGCUACGCUCCCAUCCUCAUAGUGUCCCUUCAUGCAGGCAUGGGGCUCUUCUCCUUCACCCUGGAUACGUGGAGCACCUCUCGGGGCGACACCGCUCAGAUCCUGGGCACCGGGGCAGGAAUAGCCGUGGCGUCCCACCUUAACUACCAACUGGCCCUGAUCCCAGAUCCUCCAGCCUCCAUGCUUCCAUUACAAGCACCAACCCUCAGCUUCAGUCUGGUGGGGCUGUGUUUGCUCAGAUUCGUGCUGGGAGUAAUAAUGCUUUUAGCAACAAGAGCUGUGAUGAAGGCCCUCACGAUCCCUCUCGUGUGCUGGUUUGUUGGAAUUCCAAGCGGAGACGUCCGGAAGGCCAGGCAGAAUAUGCAGGUGGAACUGCCGUACCGGUAUAUUGUUUACUGGACAGUGGGAUUCAGCGCGUUCUUCCUUGUGCCCUCCUUCUACUUUUGCAUUGGCUUAUCCUGAUUGGGUGGAAGGAAUGUCCAGCAAACGUGGUGUCUAAUCAGAUUUGUCUCAGACUGCUGAACGGAGCUAAUGCCAGCCUUUUAGCACUGCAAAAAAUGAUCAUCCCCCCAACAUCACCCAGAGCAAAACAUUCAGAGUUCAGCAUAAACAUUAGUAAUAACUUUCGUGAGGUGUUUAUACUAAAACCUUUAAAAAGAGACCCAAAGCAAUGACUUCCAGUCCAUUUUACAACAGUGUGUAGCACAUUUACAGCUUUGUGUUUUACUUAUAGAGUCUUUGCAACUCUAAAUUCUUAUUUUUCUAAAACCAGAUCCAUUCAGCCCAGAAUUUAUUGUCAAAUUUACUGUCCUUUGUCGCUUCUCUCAUUUAUCAGCGUGAUUAGUAACUAAUCGAAGGGUUUGUUUGGACUGAAAGGCUGGAUUCGGGAGACACCAUUUCAUCUUUAAUGGGCACAUAUUUUGUACCGGUCUGUGGUUGUUCUCUAGAACUUUUCAGGUUUCAGUAGCACCUUGGAUGCUUAAAGACUUUUCCAAAAAAAUCAUCCCAUUAUUUGGGAUAAUGAUGUUAACAUGUUUGUUUUUUUUUUGUUUGUUUGUUUGUUUGUUUUAGGCAGCAGCAGUCUGAACCUUGACUGAGUUACUUUAGAUGUGUGGAUUUCUUUGACUGAAACAUCUGACAGAAGGGCUGUGACUGACUGAAUGACCAACCGACUGAUGCUCAAUCUCACCAAAUUAACUGUUAAACCUCAGUAGCCUUCAGUUAUGACUGAGCAAAGAAGAAAAGUAAGGAUUAGGGUAGUUAGAUUACUUUACAGUCUGGCCCAAACCUGACCGAGACCUAGAAAUAAGCGCUUUAACGCUGUCUGAAGUUUUUAGACAAGGUCUGAAAAGGUUCAGUUCUACAUAGCAGACAGUUGAGUUUAACUCUAAACUCUUCUCUUAGCUUAGUAUUGCUAUUGGCCAUUUUAGGCUAGAGCAGCAUUUGGCUUUUUGACCCUCUAGCCUAGAGAGCCUAAUGGCAUUAUAUCUUUUUUCCACUUUUGUAGUAUUUUCAUCGCCAGUUUCUCGCACAAAUUAAUGCUAGUAAUUCGCGUUUGGUCUCCUGUGUACAGAUUAAGAUCUUAGAUUUCAUAUAAAAUUGAUUCUCUUAUAAAUAUUUGUUAGUCCAGGGUUAGGCUUAAUCCAUAUCUCUGAAACUGUGCACAUUUAUGCUUGGGAGAUCUUCUAAGAGGAGCUUUCUGACUUUCCUUUUUACUUUUAUUUCCCCCUUGAAAUCACCAAGUUGAUCUGCUGCUUGAAAAUAUUAUUACUGCAUCUGUUGUUUUAUUCGUUUAUGUGCGUUUCAUUGUUGUAAAUGAAUAGCUGGACUACUGAAAAGACGGAGGAAUGUUAGGGGCUAACCAUCUUCAGUAGAGUCCUCGAGGUGACCGUAGUUCUAAAAAUGUUCGCAUUUUAUACAAAAAUCUCUUUGUUGAUCGCAACUUGAGCUUUUGCCUUUAGACAAUCAAUUUUAACCACUAUGGUAGGAUUUUUUUAAGGGACUUUUAGGUUUAAAUGCUUGUGAUCUAAGCUUUUAUGUGCUAAAGAACUCUUCAUCAAAGAGUGAGGAGAAUCUGUUCUAAUUACAUUGAAUUGGAACAGGUUUGCAAGGAAUAGCUAUUAAAGGGGAACUCCACCGAUUUUGUAAAAUUACUUAAUCAAUCAAUGGUUUAGAUGUGAGCAAAAUCAUUCCAGAGAAAUUUACAGAGUCAGAGUUGUUCACCAUGAUAGUACUAGGAACCAGACGUUCGGUGCGUUUAAUGGCUCCAAAAGCAACAUCCCGUUACGUUAUUAUACAAAAUGGUCAUGAAUGCAAGGCUUGAUACCUGAGCCAUUGUUUUGUGAUAGUUUUGUUAGAAAGUUUUGGCCUAAAAUGUAUUUUUAUAGGUUAAUUUUAUAAGGUUUUACUCCAGGUUUAGUUCUGUGUUUCCUUUCAAAACCACUUUCUCAACUGAGAUCAAUGAGCACGAGCUAAUUUGCUUUUGUUGUUACUCGCCUGUAGCUACAGCCGGUCAGCACGGCUAACGCCAGCAGCAGCUUUUGUUUACAGUUUAUUUUUUCUUAAUAUUUUGGAAGAUUGCAGAGUAUCAGAGGACUUCGAGGAGGUCAGGAUCCAAAUUGUCAUAGAGAGAGAGAGAGAGAGAGAGAGAGAGAGAGAGAGAGAGAGAGAACCUGCCAGCGCCGACGCAGAGCACACCCAGAGUGAAUGGAAUCUGCUGGUCUCAACAACAAACUACUUGCUACUCCACAGUUCAUGAGGUAGAAUAGUGAGGUAGAUAGCUUUUGUUUUCUUGCGUGUUCCACUUUAGACAGUCUGUUCUAAGCUAACGGCUAACAGUGAUAUAUAUGCACAGUGGCAAAUGACGACUAAUUGAUGUGUAAAUCCGCGGCUCUGCAGUCAGACACUUCUCCAAAAGACGUGCAGAGUGGAGAGGUACAUGCAGGGCGUUGUAAGGAAAAAAUAGUCCCCAAAGAAAAUAUAUUAUUUAAAUUUUCAGGAUUUUACAAUGAUCAGCGUGACACACAAAAACAUACAAGACACCUGUAAGUUCACUGGUCAUUUUGGAAGCAGAUGAAAUGGUGAUAUUUGUAAUAUAGAUGUACGCACGUCUGGUUCCUGGAACUACAAUGGUGAACAAUUCUGACUCUUAAUUUAUCAAGAAAGGCACGUUUCACACCAAACCACUCUGAAUGAUUUUGUUUACAUCUUAACCACUAAAUAAUGAAUUAAUUUAGGAAAAUCGAUGGAGUUCCCCUUUAAUUCAGUUUUCCGUCUGUUGUCUUAAUUGUAGAAGUCUGGUUUUAGGCUAAUGUCUAAAAGUGAUUGAGGUACUGUUUAAAAUGCACUGUUCCCAGAAUGCACUGUUCUUACAGGUGCCGGGGUGUAUCCAGGGUCACCAUAGGUGAGAUGAGGCUGGUCAGGCGAGUUUUCUGUAUUCCUCUGGCCUUGUGUGUCGUCCGCCUGUCUGCUGUAACGGAAGGCGGGUUUUCCUGAGUUUCACGUUUUGUAAACAGGAUGUUUUGUUGGGCUCGAGUUGAGGGUGAUAAGAACAGA